AUGCUAUCUCGGGCUCCUUGGCCAUUUGUCUGGACUCUGGCGACGGCAGUCCCGAAGUUUAUAAAAGGCAGAAAGUCGCACCCUUGCACGCCUCUUCGAACAGAAACUGGCAUGGCCAUGGCUUCCUCUGCCUCCGUCUCCGUCUCCGGGAGAGGAGGAGGCUUCCUCUUGCCGGCCGCGGUGCUGCUAGCGGUGGCGGUGGUACACGCGCGGGGGGCGCCGUGCGUUCCGCGGGUGUUCAGCUUCGGGGACUCGCUGGCGGACACGGGCAACUUCCCAUUCCUCUACGGCAACGACUCCCGCGAGCCCGCGCUCAGGACGCCCUACGGGGAGACAUUCUUCCGCCGCGCCACCGGCCGCUUCUCCGACGGACGCCUCAUCGUCGACUUCAUCGCGGACACCAUGGGGCUGCCGUUCGUGCGGCCGUACCUGAGCGGGCGAACCGCGGAGGACUUCGCGUCCGGGGCCAACUUCGCGGUCGGCGGCGCCAUGGCGCUGGGCCCGGACUUCUUCCGGGGGAGAGGGGUGCCCAUGGGCGACCGCAUGCACCUCGACGUCGAGAUGAAAUGGUUCCACGACCUGCUCGAUCUGCUCUGCCCCGCCGACCGGGCUGAUUGCACGGGCAUGAUGAAUCAAUCUCUCUUCUUGGUUGGAGAAAUUGGGGGCAAUGAUUAUAACAUACCUCUUCUCUCUAGGGUUCCCUUUGAGAAGAUUCGCACGUUCACUCCGAGUGUUGUUGCCAAAAUUUCUUCUACAGUCACUGAGUUGAUUGGUCUGGGAGCCAAAACAUUGGUAGUUCCUGGUAACCUCCCCAUUGGGUGCGUUCCAAACUACCUGAUGAUAUUCAAGAGUGACAAGAAGGAAGAUUAUGAGCCAGAGACUGGUUGCCUACGGUGGAUGAACGAAUUCUCGAAGUACCACAACAGACUUCUCAUUGAUGAGUUGGAAAAGUUGCGUAAGUUUCAUCGUGGCGUGUCAAUAAUCUAUGCCGAUUACUAUGGAGCUGCUAUGGAGAUCUACCGUUCCCCUGAACAAUUUGGGAUCGAUCAUCCUUUAGCAGCAUGCUGCGGUGGAGGAGGACCCUAUGGUGUGUCCAUGACUGCAAGAUGUGGAUAUGGAGAAUACAAGGUGUGUGAUGAUCCACAAAAGUAUGGAUCAUGGGAUGGUUUCCAUCCCUCAGAAGCUGCAUAUAAGGGCAUCGCAAUUGGCCUUCUAAGAGGAACAUACACACAGCCUUCAAUUUCUACCACCAUCAGUUCAUGCCCACAACUUACUGAACUCGGCUCUUCCGUUGAAUACAAGAACUGCGGUACUGUUCCACACCUCACGGUUGUUGCUCAAGUGAUUGGCUGGCUUUUAUUUUUCGUUCACUUUUUAUAG